AUGUCGAGAGUCGGUAAUCCCGUUUCGAAGAUCAGCCGGUCUAUUGGGUCCGUGGCGAGUCGUUCCGCUGUCGAAGCUCCGCAUGCAUCCUUGGCUCCUAAAUAUGCCGAACUCCUCCGCAACCGCCGGCCUCGCAUUCCCGACGCCCAGUCUGAUCCGAACCUCGUCACCUUCCCUAGCCAUGCUCCCAAUGCCUCGGUCGAGCGCCGUACGCCCGUCCCCAUUCUCUUCAACCCUCAGAAGGCUGCCCAGCAGCAGGCUCCGGCGCCGGCGCGGGGAUUUUCUACUGUCACACCCGAGGUCCACUUCGUCGCGGGCGACCUCAAGAACUCGGAGCCCUCGACUGCUCGCCUCGAGCAGCUCGAUGUCGACGAGGUCGCACGCACCGCUGCGGCUGCCUAG